AUGGACAGAACAACUGAGAAACUAGUUAUUGGAGUCAAUUGGAUUUACAAAACAAAGCUUGAUGUAAAAUCAGCUUUCCUAAAUGGUGUACUGCAAGAAGAAGUCUAUAUAGACCAAUCAAAGGGUUUUGUGGUCAAAGGCAAAGAAGCUAAGGUGUAUAGGCUACACAAGGCUCUCUAUGGACUACAACAGGCACCUAGAGCCUGGUAUGGAGAGAUAGACACCUACUUCACUCAGUGUGGUUUUGAGAAGAGUCUAAGUGAAGCUACCUUGUAUACCAAGACAAGGGGAGACAAAGACAUUCUAAUUGUUUCUAUUUAUGUUGGUGACAUUGUGUAUACAGGAAGUAGCAAGGAAUUGUUGGAUGAAUUCAAGGAAAACAUGAUGAUGAAAUAUGAGAUGACAGACUUGGGUCAUCUACAUCAUUUUCUUGGUAUAGGAGUGGUUCAAACAAGGUCUAGCAUAUUCAUCCACAAAAAGAAAUGUGCAAGCUCUCUAUUGAACAAGUUUGGUUUGAAUGAGUGCAAGACUGUGACCAUACCUCCUGUAGCAACUGAGAAGCUAACUAAAGAUGAUGGAAGUGGAGCAACAAGUGAGGAGCAAUAUAGAAGCAUUGUAGGCAGUCUCUUGUACCUAACUGCUACUAGACUAGAUAUCAUGUAUGCCUCUAGCCUGCUUGCUAGAUUCAUGCACUAUCCUACAAGCAAACACUAUGGAACUGCUAAACGAGUGCUAAGAUAUAUCAAGGGGACUCUAGACUAUGGUUUAGAGUAUGUGAAAGGGAAAAAUGAAAUGUUGAUUGGCUUCUAUGACAAUGAUUGGGGUGGAUCAGUUGAGGACAGUAAGAGCACAUCUGGAUAUGCAUUCUCCUUUGGCAGUGGUGUUUUCUCUUGGGCUUCAGUUAAGCAAAAUUGUGUUGCAUUGUCUACUACAGAGGUAGAGUACAUUAGCCCAUCAGAAGCUACUGUACAGGCCAUUUGGCUUAGAUUUGUGUUAGAAGACUUUGGGGAACUUCAGACAGAAGUAACUUCAUUGCAGUGUGACAACACAUCUGCAAUUGUCAUCACUAAGAACCCUGUGUUUCAUCAGAAGAAAACUCAUAUUGACAGAAUUAUUUAUCACCUCAUCAAAGAUGCACUACAAGAAGGCAUCAUUGAUUUGGUGUACUGUCCUACAAGUGAACAACUUGCAGACAUUUUCACCAAACAAUUGGCUAAAGAUCGGUUCAAUGAUCUCAGGAGUAUGCGUGGAGUUAAAUCAGCUCAAGACUUAAAGGGGAGUGUUGAAUUAUAA